CCUCAGCUAACUAAGCUUUAAAACUGCAAUGCCGGUGCCAGAGCAGCCUGCGGAGCAGGAGAAAGGGGCCAUGGUUGCCCCUGUGAUGCCAGCCUCCAAUGGAGACAGAUCUGAGACAGAGACCACCUCCUCCAUCCUUGCCUCUGUCAAAGAGCAGGAGCUCCAGUUUGAGCGCCUGACCAGGGAACUUGAGGCUGAGCGUCAGAUUGUCGCCACCCAGCUGGAGAGAUGCAAGCUGGGAUCAGAGGCAGGCAGCAUGAGCAGCAUCAGUUCAGCAGAUGACCAAUUUCGCUGGAACGCUCAAGCUGAUGGACAGAAGGAUAUCGAGGACGAACUGACCACUGGUUUGGAGUUGGUGGAUUCCUGCAUUCGGUCUCUCCAGGAAUCAGGAAUUCUUGACAGUGGAGAACGACCGGCUCUUCUUUCCCAGAGUUCCUUGCAGCUCAACUCCACCCCGGAGGCUUCGCUCCAGUACUCUGCCAGCUACCAUAGCAACCAGACCCUCGCCCUUAGCGACAGCAUCUCCGCAGCAACUUCUCAGCGCAGCGGGCUGGUUGGAGGAGCCGUGCACAGCUACAACCAGGUAGCCGGUUCCCCAGGUAAACUCCAACGCCUGGGAUCAGCCUCUGACACACCAGGGUACGCUACGACUCAGCGCCUGCCUUCCUCCUCCUCUCCCAGCAAACAGUCUCCUGCUAAUCGACUGGCCAAGUCAUACAGCACCACAGUUGCUGUGACAACAGCAGGAGGGGGCGGGUCUCCCCUGAGGGUCGCAACCCCACCGAACUCUACAGCAGCAGGGGGAGGGGCCAGCUCAUCAUCGUCCCCUCUUCACCAGAUGAGUUCGGGCAUAGGGAGCUAUGCCACUUUGUCUCCCAAACGACUGGCAGCUCACCACGCUUCUGACCAGUACAAGAUCUCCCACGAGCUCUACGCUACUGCUACACUGCAGAGGCCUGGCAGUCUGGCAGGUGGGAGCUCUCGUGGCUCCUACAGUAGUCAGCACAGUCAGGAGCCCCUUCGGCCCUUGGGGUCCCCAGAGCACCACAAAGAUCCCAUCUAUGAAGAACGUGUCUACCACAACAAGGGCCCCAUGAGGAGCCUUAGCCAGAGCCAGGGGCCAGACACAGGUCCCUAUCGCAACAACACCGCUCCCUCCUCCCCUGGUGUCGACUCCGCCCCUUUGCAGCGCACAGGAAGUCACGGCGCAGGGACAGGAAACUACGGCCGAAGUGGAGAUGUGUAUGGCUCAGACCCCUAUGUGGCAGACCCCUACCGCACCCUGCAGUACUGCCCCUCAGUGGUGGAAUCACCCUACAGCAAGUCUGGACCUGCCCUGCCGCCCGAAGGCAGCCUGCAGCGCUCACCUUCUAUCGACUCUAUUCAGAAAGACCCCAGAGAGUUUGGGUGGAGAGAUCCGGAGCUGCCAGAGGUGAUCCAGAUGUUACAGCACCAGUUCCCAUCGGUGCAGUCCAAUGCUGCAGCCUACCUACAGCAUCUCUGCUUUGGAGACAACAAGAUCAAAGCUGAGAUCCGCAGACAGGGAGGCAUCCAGCUGCUGGUGGACCUGCUGGACCACAGGAUGAGUGAGGUUCACCGUAGCGCCUGCGGAGCCCUGAGGAACCUGGUGUACGGCAAGGCCAACGAUGAGAACAAAGUGGCCUUGAAAAACUGCGGGGGGAUUCCUGCCUUGGUCCGCCUGCUGAGGAAGACCGGAGACGUGGAAAUCAGAGAGCUGGUCACAGGUGUGCUGUGGAACCUGUCAUCGUGUGAUGCUCUGAAGAUGCCAAUCAUCCAGGACGCCCUGGCCGUUCUGACCAAUAGCGUCAUCAUACCCCACUCUAACUGGGACUCCUCCCCCAAUCACCAUGACGACCGCAAGCUCCAUCUUCAUACCUCCCAGGUGCUGCGCAAUGCUACAGGCUGCCUCAGGAAUGUAAGCUCCGCAGGUGAGGAGGCGAGAAGAAGGAUGAGGGAGUGUGACGGCCUGACAGAUGCUCUGCUCUACGUCAUCCAAACCUCUCUGGGCAGCAGCGAGAUCGACAGCAAGACUGUAGAGAACUGUGUUUGCAUCCUGAGGAACCUGUCGUACCGCUUGGCUGCCGAGACGUCCCACGGCCAGCAGGUGGGGUUGGAGGAGCUGGAUGGCCUGCUUUGCGACGCCAACGGCCGCGACGGAGAGAGCUCUGGCUGCUGGGGCAAGAAGAAGAAGAAAAAGAAGGGAGCCGAUCAGUGGGAUGGCGUGGGCCCCUUUCCGGACACGGCGGAGCCCCCCAAAGGUGUUCAGAUGUUGUGGCACCCCACCAUCGUCAAGCCCUACCUCACCCUGCUGUCUGAAUGCUCCAAUCCCGACACACUAGAGGGAGCAGCCGGCGCUCUGCAGAACCUGGCCGCAGGAAGCUGGAAGUGGUCGGUGUACAUCCGGGCUGCAGUGCGUAAGGAGAAAGGCCUUCCCAUCCUGGUGGAGUUACUGAGGAUAGACAACGACAAGGUGGUGUGUGCCGUGGCCACCGCUCUCAGAAACAUGGCCCUGGACAUCAGGAACAAGGAGCUCAUUGGUAAAUAUGCCAUGAGAGAUUUGAUCCAUCGGUUACCGGGCAGCAGCAGUAGCAGCAGCAACAACAACGCCACCAGCAGUGGGACCUCCGGGACUACAGGCCCUCCCAGCAAGGCCAUGUCAGACGAUACUGUUACUGCCAUCUGCUGCGCAUUGCACGAAGUCAUUACCAAGAACAUGGAGAACGCCAAAGCCCUACGUGAUGCUGGAGGCAUAGAAAAACUCAUCGGCAUCGCCCGCAGCAAAGGAGACAAACACUCAGCAAAGGUGGUAAAGGCAGCCUCUCAGGUCCUCAGCAGUAUGUGGCAGUACAGAGACCUGCGCUCCCUCUACAAGAAGGAUGGCUACUCCCAGUAUCACUUUGUGGGCUCUGCCUCAACGAUAGAGAGAGACAGACAGAGGCCCUACUCAUCCUCACGAACUCCCUCCGUCUCCCCUGUCAGGACGUCCCCAAAUAACCGCUCUGCGAGCGCUCCAGCCUCCCCCAGAGAGAUGAUGAGUCUGAAGGAACGCAAGAUGGACUACGAUUCCACAGCAACCAACGCUGGUUUCCAUAGCAACAAAGGAGAGCACACAUCCCGAAAAGACGGCAUGGCAGUUCAAGUAUCCUGUGGGACAUCUACGUUGUUCCGAAACUCUUACCUGACCUCCAGUGAUGACAUCAAGCAAAACCAGGCUUCAGCGCAGCCCUGCAUCGUGCCCCCCCAGCCCCUGCAGGACAGCCCAUCAGCAGCGGUGCUAAAAGACUACGACCCCUAUCCUCCCCCUCCUUCCUUCCCCCAGCCUCAGCCGCCGCAGCCUCCACCUCACAGCCAGAGCCGGAGCUUCAGUGAUGUCUACUACGAGGACCAGGGACCCCCACCUCCUCCAUCCCAGCCACAGCCGCAGGUCCAGGCUCAGGCCCAGCCUCAGGCCCAACCCCAGCAGCCUCCGAGCUCCUCCGGACCGCCUCGAGACCCGCGGGAGGACCUGCGCAUGCAUCUGGGCCUCAAAUCCACCGGCAACUACGUAGACUUCUACUCGGCCUCUCGGCCAUACAGCGAACUGAACUACGAGACCAGCCACUACCCGGCCUCGCCCGACUCCUGGGUCUAG